UCUCUCUCUCUCUGGCCUCUUCGAGUUCAAGGCGUGGCAUUUGGCUCUCAUUACUCAUCGUCACCAUUUCUCUCUCUCUCUCUCUCUUCGAGCACUCAUCGAUUGCUCUGUCUGCUUAUGUUUCCUUCGCUUUCGCAUUCACUCCAGAGACACAGAAAGAUAGAGAGAGAAAGAGAAUAACAACAACGAAUAACACAGUUUCUCUCUCUCUCUCUCUCUCUCUCUCUCUCUCUCUCUCUCAUCUCGCUCUGCUUAAUUCCUCUUGAAGCAGACAAGAAAGGAAGAGAAGCUCAAUACCUUCUGUCGUUACUUGCUUCUUUCCAUCUUUCCUUGUUUCUCCCUCUGAUUCUUCUCAAUUUCUACAUAUAAAUUUCUAUUGAGAUGGAGAAGUGGGAAAAGCCGCAACGAGAAGACAGAUAUCGACACUCGAGGACAAACCCAUCUUUCUCUUCGACCCUCCUCGACGCUAUAUACCGCUCGAUCGACGAAGGCGAAGACGCAGGAGAAGAAAAGCUGGUUCUUUAUAGAGAAACCAUGAGAAAGAAACAGAGCAGCAGUGUUCGAGGAAGCAGCGUUUUGCCGCAAGAAGAGAUAGCAAAUCUUCGACGGAGUGGCUUGAUCGAGCAAUGGAUGGAGAAGAAGGUAAGCGAGAAGGUCGUAGUCCGUCGGAAGUCGUCGGCGGCGGAUUUCGAUUUCAAACCACCGAAGUUAUCAACCGAUCGUAAUUCUGUGUUGUUCAAUUCUACUUCAAGCUCCUCAGAUACCAGCAGCGGAGGUGGAUUUUCUUCUUCUGAAGCCGAAUCAGUUUACGGAGCGAAAUCAAGUACCUUGGGUUUGAAACCUGUUCGAACUGUGGUUCCCGUCCCAUCGGAGAAGCCUCCGCGCUACGAACAGCAACAGAGGAAGUCUAACGAUUUUGGUACUCGUUACCAGGAGAGCAAUAACUCUGUUUCUCAGCAGAAGACGAAGCACGAAGGUGGUUUCAACAAGACAAAGUCGAGAGCUUUAAAGAUCUACGGCGAUCUAAAGAAGGCAAAGCAGCCCAUCUCGCCAGGUGGUCGGCUCGCCAGCUUUCUCAAUUCUCUGUUCACGGCAGGUUAUCCGAAGAAGGCAAAGAUCUCUUCUUCUUCAGUUGGGGAUGAAAGGGAAUCAAAAUCAGCGCAGGCAUCGACAUGUUCAUCGGCAUCCUCUUUCUCGAGGUCCUGUUUGAGCAAAACCCCAUCUUCGAGAGGGAAAUUGAGCAAUGGGACGAAGAGGUCAGUCCGAUUCUACCCUGUAAGUGUGAUUUUCGAUGAAGAUUGUCGACCCUGUGGACAUAAAUCCCUCUACGAAGACGAGCCGACUCUGAUGGCUGUUACAGCGGUCAAGGAAGAGCUCAAAUUCCAUCUCAUGGAGAAGAACCGGCGAGUGGAAGAGGCCGCCCGUGAUCUUCUCAAAGGUUAUCAGAAUAAGCGUUCCUUCGACAUGAGAGAUCUUCAGGUAGAAGAAGAAGAAGACGACGACGACGAAGAUGAAGAUGAUGAUGCAGCGAGCUAUUCAAGCUCUGAUCUUUUCGAGCUCGAUAACCUUGCAGCGAUUGGGAUCGGUAGGUACAGUGAAGAGCUGCCUGUGUAUGAAACAACCCAUCUCGAUACGAAUCGUGCCAUUGCUAGUGGCUUGAUUCUGUAGUUGUUACAGAGGAAAGAGGAGUGGGAAAAACAGAGCAUCAAAAAUUCGAAAGAGUAAAGGAAAGAAUAUUAUCCGUUUAAAUUGCUGGUUUGGGGGUUUACAUCAUCAAUCAAAGAAUAAAUUUUAAUAACUUCUUUUCGUUUAUCUUAA